AAAUUGGUGUCUUAGGUGAGUGUCAUAUUGUUCAUGCUUCUAUAGUGUGACACAAAAUUUAAAAAAGAAAUCUUCCACUGCACAGUAAAAUCAGCAGUGUAAUAUUUGCAGUGUUAAAAGUUAUUAUUUCCCAAAGAGUUGAAUUAACAAUCUACAGUGUUAAACAGUACUGGUGUUCAGUGUUGUUAGAUGGUGUAAUAUUUAUGUAAUUUCACUUUUACACUGAAAGUGUAAAAAAAACCCCGCCGAAUUUAUCUGACUCCGCCCCUCAAAGCGACGACGCCAUUUUAUCUUCAGGCGACCGAGGCGGUUUACAGUGUUAUGUUCGUGAGGUGCAGAGAUGCAACGUUAGCCUACAGAAGAGUGAAAGUUUCUCAGGCCGUUUCGAUUUCCUGAAAUAAGAUCCUCUCGUCUUCAUUCCUGCCGAGGCCUGGUUUUACUACGAGUCUGAAGCAGCCACAUUUGGGCGGUUUUCUACUCAGAGGAGAGAAUUCAUCAAAUGAAUUGGCCUAGACUUCUGCAGUGUCAAGUGAAGGAAGCUCCUCCCAUAAGAUUGCAAACUGGGAGUCUGAUGACACUGAGCGAGAGUGAUGGAAGCCCUUCAAGAAAGGAGCAGAAUGCUGAAGAUGAAGCCAGAAUUAAGCCACGUUCCUGGCUUUUCCCAAGACCGUCAAGGACACGAUUGACCUCGGAAUCAGCUGUAAAGGACGAUGAACCCGAUGUCUAAGAAUGGGACAGCGAUAUUGCAUCAAUUUGUCUCCUUCAUUUGAUUCCACCACCACAAGUCUGCAAGGGACCUGGAGAAAUGUCCUCCUAUCAACCUGAAAAACAUCUUCAAAAAGGCACUAACAAGAACACCUUGAUUGCAUAGAAGAGACCACACAGCCAUACCUGCUCGCUGAUGGGACAACGAGGAACAGCGUUCAUGAAUUCUACACAACUGUCGACAAGAUCUCCACCCAAACCCACAGUGAGAGUCUUUAAGGAUCAGCAGGAGGUGAUGGAGACGGAGGAGGUGAUGGAGGGAAGUUCAGUGAGUCUGCGCUGCUCUACUAAGAUCUUCUGUCCGUCUCGUCCACCGUCUCUCACAUGGAGCUCGUCUCUCAAUGAGAACAUCACAGGACGGCAGUAUCAGAACCAAACUGAGCUCAUCUCUGAUCUUCACUUCACUGUUUCUCACCGUCAUCACGGAGUCACUUUCACCUGCUCUGCAACACACCAGCUACAGAAGAAGAACACCACAACCCGGCGCUCCCGUGUGCUACAAGUUCAGUAUGCUCCUAAAAACACAUCAGUGAUGAUAAACCCAGCUGGUUUAGUUCUGGAGGGUCGUUCAGUGACUCUGAGCUGCAGCAGUGAUGCAAACCCAGCAGUGAACUACACCUGGUACAGAGACACUGAAGAACUCCUGAAUCCAGUUCAGACCGGAGCAAACCUGACCAUCAACAACACUGACCCGACACACAGUGGACGAUACUACUGUAGAGCUGAGAACAAACACGGCACUCAGAACACAUCAGUGCUGCUGGACGUCCAGUAUGCUCCUAAAAACACAUCAGUGAGGAUAAACCCAGCUGGUUUAGUUCUGGAGGGUCGUUCAGUGACUCUGAGCUGCAGCAGUGAUGCAAACCCAGCAGUGAACUACACCUGGUACAGAGACACUGAAGAACUCCUGAAACCAGUUCAGACCGGACCAAACCUGAUCAUCAACAACACUGACCCGACACACAGAGGACGAUACUACUGUAGAGCUGAGAACAAACACGGCACUCAGAACACAUCAGUGCUGCUGGACGUCUCGCAGACUCAUUUCUGUUUGGAUGACUCGGGAGAAUUCUGGCCCAUUUCCCUGGUGGACGUCACUGAGGUAAUCAAAAAGCUCAGAAGUUGCAAGGUCCCAGGGGUGGAUGAGAUUUGCCAUGAGAUGCUGAAGGCCCUGGAUGAUGUUGGGCUGUUCUGGUUGACGCGCUAUAGAGGAAGUGGAAUCACACUCCUCAGCUAUGCCAGAAUUUGGAGAAGGCUUAUGAUUGUGUUCUCCAGGAUUGCGUGUGGGGGGCACUCUGGGAGUAUGGGUGCCGGGUUGAAAGCUGCGUUCGUGUCCUCAGCAGUAAGUCAAGCUUUUUCCAAUAUCAAUCUGCCAAAGACAGUAGAAGCUCUACAAGGAUCCUGUGUUUUCAUACCCUGCACAUUUGAUAUUGACGAAAAAUAUAAUCAGGAUCUCACUGAUAGAGCAAAGAGAAUAUGGUUUAAAGAAGGAAAGACUCACAUUAUGGUGUUUGACUCCAGAAGCCCCGACACUGGACUGUUUAAAGGAGAAAUAUUUGGCACUGCUACACAAAAAAACUGCACCACACGCUUCGAUAAUGUCAGUCAGAGUCAUGAUGGGUCAUAUUUCUUCAGACUUGAAGCCAAUGGUAAAUUGCGACUUAGAUACAUAAAACCUGCAUACUCUCAUGUUGAAAUUGCCGUCAUAGGAUCUCCACCCAAACCCACAGUGAGUGUCUUUAAGGAUCAGCAGGAGGUGAUGAAGACGGAGGAGGUGAUGGAGGGAAGUUCAGUGAGUCUGCGCUGCUCUACUAAGAUCUUCUGUCCGUCUCGUCCACCGUCUCUCACAUGGAGCUCGUCUCUCAAUGAGAACGUCACAGGACGGCAGUAUCAGAACCAAACUGAGCUCAUCUCUGAUCUGAACUUCACUGUUUCUCACCGUCAUCACGGAGUCACUUUCACCUGCUCUGCAACACACCAGCUACAGCAGAAGAUCACAACACAAGAGUCCCGUAUGCUACGAGUUCAGUAUGCUCCUAAAAACACAUCAGUGAUGAUAAACCCAGCUGGUUUAGUUCUGGAGGGUCGUUCAGUGACUCUGAGCUGCAGCAGUGAUGCAAACCCAGCAGUGAACUACACCUGGUACAGAGACACUGAAGACCUCCUGAAACCAGUUCAGACCGGACCAAACCUGACCAUCAACAACACUGACCCGACACACAGAGGACGAUACUACUGUAGAGCUGAGAACAAACACGGCACUCAGAACACAUCAGUGCUGCUGGACGUCUCGCAGACUCAUUUCUGUCUGCGUCCUGCUGAUGAUUAA